AUGACUGUGUUCAAGAGGUACAUCCCUGCCCCGAAUCAGAUGUCCCCUGUCCUGGGACGCGGCUCGUACAUUGACGAUAUCGCACAUCUAAGUUCGCCGAAGAGUGAAUUUGGAAAAUUGUCCAUUGCAUAUCUGUCACAUGAGAUUAGCGCUGAGGGAAUUAGGGCGACGCCGAAGAUCGCCAAGGGCGUUCAGGAUUUACCGUUCCAGACAACGAUGAAGGGGGUGCAACCCUUCUUGGGUAGACUGAACUACUAUUACAAAUUCAUCGAAGAUUACUCCGAGAUCGCGGCCUCCAUGUAUGAAAUCUUGGACGACCAAGUACUUUUAGAACGAGAUUUGUCAAGGGCAAAACAAGUGUUCGAAAUCUUGAAGCACAAGAACGUGUCGACCCCGGUAUUGUGGUACCCUGACAGGACCCAGCCGUUCGUCAUCAUACCCCAUGCGAACCAAUGGGCUGCUCAUCCAGCCCUGUGUCAAGAACAUGACGGCAUGAUCCAGCCAGGAUGCCUCUUCAUCGUGUAUACCAGACACUCAGUGCUGAAGUGGAUCAUGAAGUCCAAGACGGAUGGGAGGUGUGUGCCCUGGGGCAUGUUACUUUCGCAAUGGAACCUGGACAUCAGGAAAAUCCAACGAGACGAGUACGGGCUAGCCGCCGUCCUGGGUGCCGAUAUUACCCCUCGAGACCAUUUGGAUGAGAUUGCUGAGGAGCUCAUUCCUGUCAAGGAGCGCGCGAAACCGCCACCGGUGAUUAGUGUCGAAAUGUUAGAAGACACUCUUGAAGGCAUCGUGCUGAGUUUUAAUGGUGCCGCCAAGACGUCCACUCGGCAGGGUAGUUGUGGAUGCAUUUCGUGGGAACUCCCUGGAUGGAAAACUCUGGAUGCACAAGGUUUUAUCUUGGAAGACGUCACGGUGAAUGAUGCCGAAUACUGUGGGCUCUUGAAUGAGCUAACCAUGGCGGAGGUCAGAGGUGUUCGAGACCUCAUCCCGUCGGCGAUUCACGAAUCAGCAUUCAGCAAGUGCAGGGACUGA